UAAAAUAAGUACAACCAGUUGUAGAUUUGGAGAGUACAGAAAACACAGAUUGAGAAAAACUGCGCCCACCAUCAUCGCCUUCGUCUUCUAUCUCUUUCGAGGAAUUCCAAUUUGUAGCUGUCACAAUUUCUCGCAAUCACUGGUAAAUUCAAUUAUCGUAUAUCUCGCAUUGAUCUUUACUUUUUUUCCAGGUACAAAGGAGAAAUAAGAAAGAGCGAAGAGCUAAGCAUACAUAACAAUGGCGGACAAGGGUUCUGCCUCCAAAUCGAAAUCGUCCAAGAGAAAACGCGACAAGACUUCCUCUAAGAAAAAGAGUCGAAGAAAGGAAUCGAAGAAGUCUCGACGUAUUCAUGAUUCACCUUCUUCCCAUUCUGACCACGAUUCGUUAAUCUCGGAACACAGUUCAUCCUCCAUUGAUGAUAAGAGAAGGAUAAAUAAAAACAAGAAGCGUGCUCGUGAUUAUUCUGACUAUAGUUCAGAUUCCGAUUCCUUAUCCGACCGUGAAAACGGUGUUAAGCGCAGGAAGGUGAGAGAUUCACGAGUUUCUUCCAAGAGCACAAAGAAAAGGGAUCGAAAGAGAUCCGUCAGCCCCAAAGCCGUAGUAAGAAAAAAGAAAAGAUUGGAUAAGGACCGUUCUGUCAAAUCAAUAAAGAAAUCCUCGAAAAAGAAGCCGAAAAAAUAUUCGAGCUCCGAUUCGGAGAGUAGUGGAGAUGGUAAAAAUCGAAGGAGUAGAAUAGUUACCGAUAAAGAAGAAAGAGGUCGGGAAUCCACUUACAAGAUGAGCAAAGUAAGGUCGCCGAGUAGUAGUAGUAUUAGCGGCCGAAGUGAUAGGGCAUUUUCUCCUGUUGUUAAUAAUACUCGACGUUUGAGAUCAGUUAUUACUGUUGUUGUUCAUCAACCCGAUGAUGAAGGGGGAAACAGAUGGGAGGGGGACCCACAAAAGGAGGAGAUUUUUUACGAUAAAAACGACUACCCUUCUCCCAAAAGCGUGGACAGUAAUAAUGCUUGUGGUGAAGAAGUAACUGAUCCGAUAAAAUCAAGAAUUGAUGAAACGAAUAAUCUUGAGAAGGAGAAAGUGAGCGAUGAAUCUGCUCCUGUUGUUGCUGCUUUAGGUGCGGAUGUUUUGGAGGCGAUUUUGAGGCAGAAAGCUCUGGAAAAUUUGAAGAAGUUUAAAGGGAGGCUCCAAACAGGUCCCAAGAAAACCGAACUGAAAAUUAAUAACGAGACUGAUUUGAACAAACCAACCGAAUUAGUAAGUGGGCCCACUUUGAAAGAAGAUGUUUCUCGGCCGAGGGAGGUUGUUAAGUUCGUCGAUAGCGAACUCAUUGAGAAAGAAGCUGUAAUUGAUGAACAGACACCUAUUGGGGCAGAAGUCGUAAGAUGUUCCGAAGAGGACAAGUGUUCGAAUUCUCGUGCUGUUUUGGCCGAAGAAUUUGUAUUAACUAACGACGAUAAUAACCCUGCGAAUCCGUCUUCUUCGUCUUCUUCUGCAAGGCUAAUGUCUGACGAGCAUGGCUUGGAACAGAACGAUGAAGCUAAGGAUGGUUCUCAGUUUAAGAAGAAAACAAUGUCUGUGGUGAGGGGAGGUGAGGUGGUACAGGUGAGCUACAAGGUUUACAUUCCGAAAAAGGCCCCUGCUCUUGGCAGGCGACAAUUUAAGCGGUAAUGUUAAAUGUCUUACUUAUUAGCUGGAAAGAAAAAACGCGAAUCAAGUACCUUCAUUGUCGAAAAUCUGGAGAAAGAACUUCGGUAACUUAUACUUGGAAAACUUUCGAGAAUUUUUUUUUUGUUCUGAUCUGCGUGUGCACUUGCAUGCCAUUUAUUGUGCUGUUGAAUUUGAUUGUUGUUGGUCGUCGAAAGGAUUUUUCUAUUUUGAGCCCUCGUUGGGUAUUUGCUCGAUUUUCUGCUGUAUAUUUUCAUCUGGUGUAUGAAAAUCUAAUAUUUUUUUUCCAACUGAAGAACCAAGUUCUGGACUGGCUUCCGUUUCCCUAGCACUUGUAUUGAUUCGUAAGGUUUCGGAUUCUGCAAUCGUUACUUCCUUUUUAUCAUUUUGCAUUUUUUUUCCU